AUGGAUGAUUUUGAAAUAAAUCUAUCACUUGAGAAUUAUUUAGAAGACGAAAAGGUGUUACAUAAUUUUCCUUUAAAAUUUAUAUACGUAUUAAUAUAUGCUUACAAAAAUUAUUAUUUUAACAUUUAUUUAAAACAAAAAUGUAAAAAUAAACCGAAUGAAAAUUUGAUUGAAGACCUAGUGAAUAAUAUUAAUGAGGACAAUGUCUUAGACUUAUCUUUGAAUAUAUUAAAAAAGCGGUAUAAUUAUAAAAAAAAAAAAAAACGCAUUUUAUUUGAUACCUCUGAAAGCAUAAAUAGUAAUUUAAGUUGGGAUGAUAAACAAUAUAAUGAAGAGGAAUCAAACAGGAAAAAAAAUAAAAAUAAUAAUACACAUGAUUAUACUAACCUAAGUGGUGAUGACAUUUCUACAAUAAAGCCAAAUAACGAUAACAACAAUUACCUCACAAGUAAACAUGAGGAUAAUAAUCCAACAAAUUUGAAAAAUAAAGUUUACGGAUUCAGCAAAUAUUUUGAAAACAGUAAAUCUGGUUUAUCAAAAUGGCGAAAAAACUUAAAUCUAGCCAAUAAAAAUGAAAAUAUAAAUUGUAAUGAAGAAAAUUGUGAUGACCAAAAUGAAAAUUAUUCUGAACGCGACAUAAUUUUUUUGAUACAUUAUUUUAUGCACAAAUUUGUUUUUAAUAAAGAUGGUAAAAAAAAAAUUAAAUUAACGACGAAAAAAAACUUGAUUGAAAAAUUAGAAAAACUAGAAAAAGAAACAUUGAAAAUUGACAAUAUUGUUAAAAGUACUAACAACCAUUUUAGUAACGUAGAAUGUUUUGAUAAAAAUGAUAUUACUGGUGUGUGCAAAAAUUUAGAAAACAACAGUUUUUAUUAUGAACAAGUCAUACAAAAUGAUGAAAAAAAAAAAAAUAUAAAUAAUAAUGAAAUAAAUUCUGACAAAGAGGAUAAAACAAGCCAUAAUAUUAAUGAAAAUAUAAUUUCGCUUACAGAAAAUUCUAAGCUAUCUGAAUAUUCUAAUAAAAUAAAAAAUGAUGAUACACCAUGUUUAGAAUAUCAUGAUGAUAUUAAAAUGGUAAUAGGAGAAAAUAAAGAUAAUGAUAAUAGUACGUGUGCAGAUAUAGGAACAAUUAAAGAUAAAAAUGAAUGGAUUUUGGAAAAAACUGAUCAAUCAGAAAAUAACAAUAUAAAUAAUAACGAAAUUUCAAAUAAAGAUAAUACUAAUCUCGAGAGUAGUAAUAAUUCAAUAAAAUGGGAAUUUGAAGGAGACGAUAAAGAUUGUGAUAAAACACAUAAUGAAUUUGAAAUAGAAAGCAUUAAUGAAGAAAUGGCUAUGGAAAUUGAAAAAAAAAAAAUAUAUGAAAUAAUUGAAAAUUAUUUUUAUAAAAAAAAUAUAUAUUUUAAUGCAAAUGAGAUAUUUUAUCCUUUUAGUGCUAAAAAUUUUAACACACGUAAUAAAAGAAAAAAUAAAAAUAAAAAAAUAAAUAAACCACUUCUUCCAAAUGUUAAUAAAUGUGCAAGUGUAAUUGAAUCAUAUGAUAAUAAAUUAUCUGAACAAAAAUAUGUGAAAAAUAAAUCAUUACUUUCAAAAUUGAAAAAAGGUUUAAGUUUAUUAUUAAAAAAUGAAAAAACAAAGAAAAAAGGGAAAAAUAAAAAUUCCGAAAAUAGUACAAAUUAUGUGAAUAAUAAUUAUGAUGAAAAUGAAAAUUAUCAAAUUAAUAAUGAUUUGAAAAAAAAACAAAAAAAUGGAAAAAAUGAAUAUAAGAAGGAGAAUAUGAUUCCAAUUGAAAAUCUAAAAAAUAAUCAAGAAAAUUUAAAAGGAAAUGUAUUAAAAAAAUGUUUAUUAGAUGUAAUAGAUUAUAGUGAAAUGUGUAUGUUUUCUAAUAAUGAUAAUAAAAAUAAUUUGCUAAAUUUUUCAAAUAAAACCAAAUUUAAUAUAGGAGGAAAUGAACAUAUAGCACAUCAAAAUUUACAAGAAAGUAAUAUAAGCCAAAAAUAUUUAGAUCUUCAAAAUGAUAUACAUAAUAAUGAUAAUCGACGAAAUAUUUAUAAUAAUUUUAAAAAUAUAAAAAAUAGAAUGGUAAAUACAAUUGAUCAAAGAUAUGGAUAUGAAUUAAAUAAUUCACGAUAUUAUAAUAAUAUACAUGUAAAUGCACCAGUAAAUAUUCAAAACCCAAACAUAGGGGAUAAUAGAAAUAAAGAAGUUAUAGGAAAUUAUAAUGUAAAUACAAAUUCUAUGUUUUAUAAUAAUUCAGGAGAAUAUUUAAAAGGUCAUAAAACACAUAAUGAUAUUAAUCACAAUAAUAACAAUUCAGACAAUAAUAAUAAUUCAUUGCAAAAUAGAGCUAGCUAUUUUUAUAAUGGAAGAAAUAAUACAAAUAUAGAUAAUAAUGUAUUUAACCAUUCUAUAAUAAAUACAAAAGAUACAGAAUUUCAUGAAAAAAAUAAAAAUCUUCAUAUUCAAAAUAUACCAUAUAACAAUAUAUGGCCUACUAAUAUGUAUCCUGUUUCAAAUGCAAAUUCUUUUAUAUCUUUAGAUCAUGUGAAUAAUAAAAAUGAAAGAAAUUGUAAAACAUCUGGAAUUAAUUUGGAUACCCAUGAUAAUAUGAUACAAAAUGGUAAUAAACGAAAUAUGAGAAUACACAAUGGAAUAGAAAAUGAAAAUCGAAUAAAAUGCGAAAACAUAAAUGAAUCUUAUUAUAAAAAACAUGAAAAUAUUAAUUAUCUUAAUAAUAAUAAUAUUUCUCCUUAUAUGUAUAAUAAUUAUCAUAUGUCUACAUUAAGGGAAGGAGAUGGAAUAAAUGCCAAAUUGAAUCAAAGAGGGUGCAGAAGAGGUCGAGGUCGAGGAAGAAUUGCAUCAAGAAUAAAUAAUAAUGAUUAUCUUUUAGGAAAUAAUAAUGCACUACCAAAAGCAAAACGGGGCAGAAAACCAUUAGCAAAACAUCUUAGUCAAAAGUGCUCUAGAGGUCGAAGAAGAAACGAUGAAAUUGUUAAUAAUUUUUCUUUUAAUGUUAUAAAUGAUGAAAAUGAAGAAAAAAAUAAUGAGAGAAAAAAUAAUGAGGAAGAAGAUGGGUGCAAUGAUAAGGAAUUAAAAUAUAAAAACAAAGAUAAUGAUAAUGAUGAUGAUGAUGAUGAGGAAAAUAACGGGGACAAUGAAAAUCAUGAAUCCCAAAUAAAUGGAUACACAUCUAGAACCCAUAUUAACGUGAAUCCUAAUAAUUCAGAAAAUAACACAAACACAAAUGGCAGUAAUAACAAUAAUAAUAAUGAUACACAUGCAAAAGAUCAUAAAGAAAUAGGUGAAGAAUAUAAUGGAGAUAAAACACCAAGCUAUUUAGGAAAAGAUGAGGAAAAUGAAAAUAAUAAUAAAAUUAAAAAAAGCCCCAACAAAUUAAGCAAUAGCGAAAUUGGGAAAUCCAAUAAUUAUAUACUAAUUGGAAAAACAGAUAAAGAUAGUAAUAGCAGUACAGAAAAUAUUCACAAUUAUAAUAUUAGCGAUAAUAAAAUUGAUUCGAAAGAUGUUAAUAUAGAUGUAGAGAAUAUAAACCCUCUUUCUAUCUCAAAUAAUAAUGAAAAUAAUAGUUUGAUAAAAUACAAAUCCCCAAAUGAUGAUGAAAAAAAUUUAAAUAUGACAUCGUUAAAUAGUGAAGUAAUAUAUCCUAAUCACAGUAAUAAUAAUUUGAAUAAAAUUGAAAAAAAAAAAAACGACGAUGAUGGUGAUGAUAAUAAUAACAAUUCAAAACCAUUUUCCCAUGAAUCUAUAAAAGAUAGCAAAAUAAAUUAUUCACAUAAAAAUUUAUAUAUUUCUAAAAAUAAUGUCCAUAAUGGAAAUAUACGUGGAUAUAUAAAUAACGAAUUGGGUGAUAACUUUGAAGGUUCAAUAACUAAUCUUUAUAUUGAUUCAAAUAAAAGUAACGAUUUGAUAAACUUUCGAGAUAAUAAAAAUAUGUCUCUUCAAGAAUCCGGAUUAGAAUCAGAAUCAGAAUCAGAUGAACCCAAAUUUACAAAAAUUGGAUUGACAUCUGAAAAAGAUGUUAAACAAACAAAAAUAAAAAAAACAAGAUCAAAUUUUAAUACCGUUUUGGGAGUAUCUAAUGUGUCUAAUAUUAUGAACGAUGAAGAUACACCAAAUACUACAGUUGGUUUUGGAAAUUUUUAUAAUCCAAAUAAAGAUAAACUUCUAAAUAAUUCAAGUUGUUUAAAAAGAGGCACUUUAAUAUGUAAUAAAAUGAAAUUGUUAAAUGAUGGAAAAGAUAAUGAAAUGUUAGAUUUUCAAAUUAAUAAAGAAAGAUAUAAAAAUGAAUAUAGUGGGGAAGAAAAUAAUAAAAAUAAAUGUGGAACUAAAAUAAAAAAUAAUAGAAAAGAUAUAUUUGAAAAUUUGGAAGGGGAUAUAAAAAUAAUAAAUAAAAAUCAAGGAAUAAAAAGAAGAGCAAAUAAAAAUAUAUCAAUAGAAGAUGAUGAAGAUUAUAAUUUAGAUCCAAAUUUUGGAAAAAAUAAAAAAUUAAAAAAUGAAGAUAAUGAAAAAUAUUACAUAAAUAAUGAAAUGGAUUUUAAAAAACAUUCAGAUGAAUAUGAAAAUAUUGUAAAUAACAAAAAAAAAGUUGAGAAAAUUGGAAAUAAUGAUUAUGAUGAAAAAAAUACAAAUAGUCAAAAAAUGAAAGGAAUACAAAUUGAAUAUACACCAAAAAAAAUAAAUAAAAAGGAAUGUACUAAGACUUCAUCAUAUCAUGUACAUAAUUAUAAUGCCGAAUCCACUGAAUAUGAUAAUAACAAUAAUAAUGAUGAUGAAAUGAACAAAUUAGAUAUUAUUUCCGAUUUUGAUAACUUGAAUUCUAUUCAUAAAUCUGAUAAACAAUUAAGAAGACGUACCACUUGGAAUAAAUCAGAUAAUAAUGCACUACAAUUAAAUAUAGAUGCAAAUAAAAAUAAAAGCAAUCAAUAUAUUAGUAAUACGUUAUGCAACAAUAAUAAUAAUACGUUAUGCAAUAAUAAUACGUUAUGCAAUAAUAAUACUUUGUGUAAUAAUAAUACAUUAUGCAAUAAUAAUAAUAAGUGCUUAUAUGGAAGCCCAACAAAAAAUGAAACAAACAAAAGCACAAUUGUUGUUAAUAAAGAAAUAAAUUUAGAUCGAGACAAAUUUAAUUAUGUUUUGAACAUAAAAAAUAUAAAUAAAGAAUUAGGAAGUAAUAAAACAAAUUCUAACAUUGAAAUAGAUCAAAAAAAUGGAGAUUGUAAUAUAGAAAAUUUUGAUAAUUUUGAUAAUUUUGAUAAUUUUGAUAAAAAUGAACAAAUAAAUAAAAACGAAACAUGUGGAAGAAGUUUACUUCAGAAUAAUGAUGAUAUAAAAAAAAAAAAAAAAAAAAAAAAUGAGUACGAAUUAAAUAGUUCUAAUAGUUAUAACUGUAUUGAUAUCAAAAAUCAAGAUAAUGACCAAAUCGAAGAAAUCGAAUUUUACAAUAAUGAUAAUAUGUAUACUAUAGAAAAAAAAAAAAUAUCUCAAUCUGACCCUGAUAUAAACAAUAAAAUAUUUGAAGAUAAUUUAAUUGACAAAGAAAACGAUAAAAAUGAUAAUGAUGUUUGUAAUGAUGAUGAAAGUAUAAAUGAUCUCAAUGAGAUUGAGAUUGAAUCCGUAAAUAGUAAGAAAAAGGGAAGAAAACCAAAGACUGCGAUUUUAAAAAACGAUAAAAUAAAUAUUAAUGAAAAUAAACUUCCAAAUAAAAAUUUUGAUGAUACUUUUAUUUUAAACAAACAAGUUGAAACAAACAAGUCUACUGAUUCGAAGAGGCGAACUAAAGCUUCCAAAAGACACCAAGAUUUAAAUUUCAGGGUCGAGAAGAUCGAGACUGGUGCAUACAACGAGAAUGGAGAGAAGGUUUCUGGCGUCUGGUACGACACAAAUCGGAGACUAUGGCGUGUAAUGUACAUCGAAAAUGAUAAGCGAAAAACUCGAGGCUUCUCUCCGCGAAUCUAUGGAUUCAAUGCUGCAAGGGACAUGGCGGUUCAACUCAAAUAUGAAAUGAACAAGAAAAAUAAAAAAUGA